CCCACUUGCACCACAUGGUCUGAGCUCAACAACAACAUUGGACAGCAGAGGAGAUGACUCGAGAGAGGGCUGAGGAAAUUGUUCAACCAGAUAAAUCCAGCUAUCCGAGCCAGGCGACACUUCACCAGAAGCAGCGUGGUCUCUUUAUUUUUUAUGAGCAGCAGCAGGAGGUGGAAACAAAAACAAAACAAACCCGUCCGCCUUGUAAACUCUGUAAGAAGUAGCAGCAGCUCUGUAGCUAAACAGCUAGCCUCUUAGCUCACGGCGUGACAACAAAGAUGAACGGCCAUCUGAACGGUUUCCAUAACAACUCAUUCAUUGAUGAAGACUGCUUCCUCUUCACCUCGGAGUCGGUCGGAGAAGGACACCCCGAUAAGAUUUGUGACCAAAUCAGUGAUGCCGUGCUGGACGCACACCUCAGUCAAGACCCUGACGCCAAAGUAGCAUGUGAGACUGUUGCUAAGACGGGGAUGAUCCUCCUGGCGGGGGAGAUCACCUCCAGGGCCAACGUUGACUACCAGAAGGUUGUCAGGGACACGGUCAAACACAUAGGCUAUGACGACUCCUCCAAAGGCUUUGACUAUAAAACCUGCAAUGUGCUGGUAGCUUUGGAGCAGCAGUCCCCUGACAUCGCUCAGGGCGUCCACCUUGAUCGAAAAGAGGAGGACGUGGGAGCCGGCGACCAGGGUUUGAUGUUUGGGUAUGCCACUGAUGAGACCGAGGAGUGUAUGCCGCUCACUAUUGUCCUGGCUCACAAGCUCAAUGCCAAGAUGGCUGAGCUACGCCGAAAUGGAACGCUCCCGUGGCUCCGACCCGAUUCCAAAACUCAGGUGACUGUUGAAUACAGGCAGGAUCGAGGCGCCAUGGUGCCGUUGCGUGUCCACACGGUCGUGGUCUCUGUGCAGCACGAUGAGGGUAUAAGUCUGGACGAAAUGCGCUGCUGUCUGAAGGAGCAGGUGGUGAAAGCUGUGGUUCCCAGUGGGUACCUCGACGAUAAAACCAUAUACCACCUUCAGCCCAGUGGCCGCUUUGUCAUUGGCGGACCACAGGGUGACGCUGGUCUGACUGGGCGUAAGAUCAUUGUCGAUACCUACGGGGGUUGGGGUGCCCAUGGAGGCGGAGCUUUUUCUGGGAAGGACUACACAAAGGUAGAUCGCUCUGCUGCUUAUGCUGCCCGCUGGGUGGCCAAAUCUCUGGUGAAAGCUGGGCUCUGCAAGCGUGUGAUGGUCCAGGUAUCUUAUGCGAUUGGAGUCGCCCAUCCACUCUCUGUCUCCAUCUUUGACUACGGGACCUCCCAGAAGAGCGAGAAGGAGCUGCUGGAAAUCGUGAUGAAGAACUUUGACCUCCGUCCAGGAGUUAUCGUGAGGGAUCUUGACCUGAAGAAGCCGAUCUACCAGCGAACAGCAGCUUAUGGUCACUUUGGUCGUGAAGACUUUUCAUGGGAGGUGCCCAAAAAGCUGAAAUACUGAGCCCCUUCCUCUAAUCUCCCAGCGGGCAUUUAGGUGUACCACAGAUAAACGUGUGUUUUGUCUACCUACGUCCUCCCUUCCUCUUCCUCCUUUACCCCUCUUCCUCCUCACACACGCACAGUCACGUCACCGCAGCCUCUACUACAUGAAAAGAUGCCCUCUCCUCACCUAUUAGUAUUGUUUACAUCUCCGAGAGAGACCAAUAGUUUAUCAAAUGCCAAGAUGAAGACAUGUUGGGGAAAUUGUGCGCACAGAUUUGAGCAGUGCUGUCAGCGUUUAUUCAUCUUUGUCCUGCCAGCCCACCUCGUUGUUUCUCUCGUAUUAUUAACAGUCAUCUUGUUUUCUGACACCACUAGUCAAAAGUGUACUAACUUGUAUUGUGAGUAUUAUUGACCGUUUAUAUUUAAACCAUAUUUAUUGCAGUAAUCCAGAAGGAACAGAUCGGUAUUAACCAAGUAAUGAUGUGAUUGUAAAGAAGUGUCUCAUUCCUUAGCUUUUAAAAUCAGAGGUUUAGUUGAAGACGUGAUCAGUUGUUGGCGUUCUCUGUUGCUUUUUUAUUCAGUGGCAUUUUGUUGAGUUAAUGGAAGUUUAGCAUUGAAAAAACACGAGCUCUCUUCCCAUUACAGCCCUCGCCCUCUAAUUUUAUUUUAUUAUUUUUUACAUUUUAAGGCACAAAUGGGGUCAAACACUUGUCUUGACCCUAACUACUAAUAUCUUUCAUGUGUGCUGUCCCUUCAGGCCAUUGUUUUUCUGACGUUUUACAGAGAAGUCAGAAGCUGCUAAUGACUUUGUGGUUAUGUUGGGCUGCGCCAUGAAAUCACUCCCCCCCCUUUUUUUUUCUUUUUUUUUAGGUAAUUUAUUCUGUUGGUUUAAAUGUCAUGUGAUUUUUCCAAAUGAUGAUGAUGAAUGUGUCAAUGUUCUACUGACCAAGAUAAAGUCGAGGGUACAGCACUCACCCCUGCCUGAGAGUGACUCUGGGUGUAACUACAGAGAAACCCAGGCUCAGUCGCCUCUCUGGGCAGGGGCUGCCUUUAUCACAUGGCCACACCUUACUUGAACUCAUUUGACUAAUUGUGGCACCAAACAAUUGGACCAGCAAUGAACGAUUUGUGCCACAAGUUUUUGUAUAUUUAAAAAAACCUGUUUUCCACUCACAUGUUCAGUCUUACCUGCACAUGAUGUGAAAGGUGGAAGAAGAUGAAGAGCAGAGCCAUAGGCAGAUGAAGAAAAGAGAUGAGAGGCAGCACACAAUCAGCUUAGUGAAUGUAAGACGUGGUAUUACCGCAAGCGUCUUCUCAGAAGAGUUAGUUUUGUACAGAUGAGAACGUGGGAUCCAAUAUGUUACUUAAUGCUUGUGGAUUUUGAAUCUAUCACUGGACUUGCACAGCACAUUAAUUAAGAGAGUUACCAAAAAUGGAAAAGGCUUGUGUCACGUGUGAAGUAGUUUCCAAAUGCGUAAAUGUCUUGUUGCUGAAGCUUUUCUUCUUUAUUUAUUUUAUUUGUUUUUUUAAAACCAUACCACAUUGGAUGUCAUAAGUCUGAUUUCUCCUGAUUAGUACACUUGAAAUAAUCCGAGUUUGUCAUGGUUGCCCCUCUCCUUGUCCUUUUUUAAAGAGUUUCCAUGCAUAAAAUGCUGUGGGACACCCUGAGUACACACUAUAUGUCUUGACUUUGAGGCUAAGCCAGCUGUAAGCCUGAGUGAGGUUGAUAUCCAGUGUUGUUUUUUUCCACCACAGUAUAUAUACCUGGUGUGUCCAAAAAUGUCUUCAUUAUGUAGCUAGGUGGCACUGUGUCCCCACCUCAGACUGGAGCCAGAGAGCUCAGUCUGUCUCUCCAUCCUCCAGUAGAAUGAUUCAGCCGACCAAAGAUUCCUUUGAAUCCUUUAGCUCAUCCACAGACGACUCAAAUGAUUGGUUGGUGUUGUACAGAGAAACCAGCCUGUUUACAUGGUCUCCUGUGGAGGGGGUUUAGGAGCAUUCAUUGUCUGUUAAAUCAUUUUGAAAUGAUAAGACGCGAGUCUGUCAGUGCGGUUCCUGAAUGUGUAAAAGUGCCUUUUCUCAUUAUCUGCAAUGUCCCCCCCACGCCCUGCCCCCAAAUAUCUCACUCCGUCCUUUACGAACCUUUCCCUGAAGUUUAUCAAAAUGUCCGUCCUCAGUAAUUCCCACUGUGGAGUCUGAUUUGUUGUUCACUUUCUGUUUUAAACCCUUCAAAUAAACACUCUACCUUGUG